AUUAAUCAUUCAUUCAUUCUGAAAUUCAUAUUGAAUUCGGUGCAUCCUUUAUUUCGUUCAUUUUGUUCAUCAUUGGCUGAACUGAUUGGUCAAUCCUUUUUUUCGAUUUUUUUUUCGUCAACUGAAUCGAUCAAAACAAAAGAAAAGAAAAAGGUUUUUCUUUUCUUCUGUUUAUAUACGUCGCAUUAAUCCAAACUAUUGAUGGUUAACUUUUCAAAUGAAAUUAAUUUGAAUUUUUGAAAAUCUUUUUGAAUUUUAAAUGAUUUUUAUCAUCUAAAAAACAUCAUGAGUAAAACUGAAGAAACAAGCUUUCAUCAUCAUCCAGAUGAUAAUAAUAAUCAAAAAGAAAUUAAUAAUGAUAAACUUAAUGGUAAAUUACCGGAAAAAUCUAAAUCACCACCACCACCACCAUCAUCAACAACUGAUAAAACGAAUAAAGAUGGAUCAUCAUCAUCAUUUAAACGUAAAUGGAAACGUUUUAUACGAACCCGACCACAUUUAUUCAUAAUAUUCAUUAUAAGUGUAAUUGGUUUUUGUUAUCAUUUUAAUAUUGCAUUAAAUCAAUAUUGGGAUUAUAAAACAACCGUAUCAUUUUCGAAUGAAGAUCCAAAAGAUUAUAAAUUUCAUUAUCCAAGUGCAACAGUUUGUUUUCAAGAUGUUGUACCAUAUUUUAAAUUAUUUGAAAAAUAUCCUGAAUAUGAAGAAAAUGUUGAAAGAAUUUAUGAUGAAAUGAAACGUCGGAAUAAUAGUAAUUUUUGGAAUAAUCCUGGUACAAAAAAAUUAAUCAAUAUUACCGGUGUUAAUUUGGAAGCAUUACAUUUACAUAAAUAUUUUGAAGAAAAAAUAUUUCGUCAUGAAAAAUUAAUUGAUAUUUUGGAAAAAUAUUCACAUAGUGAACAUGAAGAAUGUUUAUUAGAUUCAAAACCAGCAUCAAAAUAUGGUUAUAAAUUACAUAAUUGUGAAAAUGUAACAAAUAUUAUUGAAACAAUAAAUGGUGAAUUUCGUUGUUUUACAUAUUUUUCACAUUUUGAUAUUAAAUCAAAUGAAUCCGAAGAACAUUUUGUUGAUAAUUUUAUGACAUCAAUAUUUAUUAGUUCAAAAACAUUUGAACGUCGUACAAAUAAAGUUUACUACAUAAGUCAUGCACUGAAUCAUUCACGUACAUCACAUCCAUUUGAAAAAGAAUUACGUGCACGUAUUGCAUUACAUCCAUCCGAUAUGAUACCUGUACCAGAAUUUUAUCCAACCAUUUCAUUAUAUCAAUUUUCACGUUUUUAUGUUAUAAAUUUUCAAAAAACAAUAUCAUAUUUAUUGGAAAAACCAUAUCAAACUAAUUGUUUUAAAUAUGAUUUAGGUAAUCGUGAAGCAUUACAAUCACAUGAUGAUUGUUUUACAAAAUGUGUUAUGAAUAAAUAUCGUGAAAAAUGUAAAUGUUUACCACGUAGUGGUCUAUUAUAUCGUCGUUCAUUAUUAACGGAUGAAGAUUAUUUUUGUCCAGUUAUAAAUAAAUGUCAAUUUACAAAUUAUCGUACAGAAUGUUCAAAUGAAUGUCAACCAGAUUGUGUAGAGGAAAAAUAUGAAUUUGAAAAAUUUGUUGAUAUACCAUUUUAUCAGCAUAAAAAUCGUACCGGUAUACAGAUUAGUCGUAAACCUGUUUUCGAUAAAGUUUAUAGACUAAGUGGACGUUACUGUAAAUAA